AUGAGAAAUAAUAUAGAGGCGGCAGGUGUACAUUUGGCAGACUGCACACUGCUUUGGUGUCGCCAUGAGACGAAAACGGAGGAGGAGCGUUUGGCGGCUGAUGUGCAGCGGCGGAUUUCUCUUCUUGGUGAGGAGUAUCCGCCAACAGCAAGGGACAUUGCCAAACAAGAGGCCUCUCCGCAUGUUCGUGUUGAUGGAGAGAUAGUUGCCACCAAUCUCGCACUUCGUUACUUAACCCGAGCAGAGGAGGAACGCAAAGCUCGUUUUGAGGAGGAGCGGAGACAACGAGAGGAGAGGGAGGCUUUAGGGAAAAAGCAGGACGAGAUAAGACACAUCAUAAUUGACAAUUGGGCUUUUGGCAUGGAGGAACUAGAGAAGUUGCAAUGGAUAGAGCACGGAGUUGUCAAGGGUAAGGAACGGCGUAGGUUGUACGUCGAUUGGUACGAUUCCGGAGUGCAGCAGCAUUUGGUGGAUGAAGCGCGGUUGUGGUCAGACUUGGAGCAAGUUAUAGGACGAGAACGUGAGGCAGGGAGGAAGGCAUAUGAAUUGUCUAAAGGAAAACCGUAA